UCUAUCUUCAAGAUGGCGGACAAAAUCUCUUCGAUAAACGCGAAAAAAUUCGUCUCUCUUUUGGCCUCUCGCUUUAAAGAAGAUCAACAGAGCAUUGAUAAUGAAGAGCUGAGAUCAUACUUUACUGAUGCCGUGUCUAACUUACCAAAGAGUAAAGUGAAGACUUGUUUACAGAAGGAAUUCAAUGUUCAUUUUAAGCACUUGUCUAGUAUUUUAAAUGUAGUUCCAAAAAUACCAAAACAGCAUAAAGAUGCAUCUCAAAAGACUUUUAAAUUAAACCUUUAUGCUAGAGAUGGACUAGAAAGAGCAUUUGAAGUAUUAAGGGAAUGUAGAUCAAAUGAAGAAAAAGAUAGAAUAUAUAAAAGUUUCCAGGCUUGUUUUCCUUAUUUUACCAAUACAAAAAAGAUAUUUGCUACUGUAAGAGAGGUGGAAACAAGUUAUGACCUGUCAUCAGUUCAGAAAUGUAUAGAAAUGACUAUUGGUUGUCAUACUAUGAAAAGUAUCUUGGAGUGUUUGUCAUCCGUUUUGGAAGAGUUUUCUUCAAAGUGUGAUGCAUGUAUCAAUGAGCUUGAAUCUGAUGCCAAAACAAAAAGGGUAAAAGAACUCCAAGAUUCUUUACACCAGAAUAUUGUGCUGAUGAAUAACAGAUGGAAGGCUAGUAGUGAUGACAUUUUAGAAGGAGAUGAUGUCACUCCAAAAGAUUCUUAUGAAGAUCUGAUGGCUGCCAUGUUGUCUCUGUAUACGGAUAUGCAGCUUGUUUCAUCAAGCAUCAAUGAAGAGAGCUGUGUAGAAAACCUGGCAACAUUAAUUUUUGCUGUUCUUGGUCAUUCACCAGAGCAUUGCAUGGAUGUGUUUUUACAAGUGACACAGCUUGAUUGUAACAGUAGUGCAGCGUUAAUACCAUUAUUGAGGUGCAUUCUGGAAAGAAACCAAGGGAUGCUCCAAACCACUCAGUACAUCAAAUUUAUUUCCUUAGCAAGAAUUGGUCUUCAAUUAUGCUCCUUAGCGUCUUCAUCGUCAUCUACCAAAACUAAAAUUUCUAUUCUUAAGGUAGCAGAAAAACAGGACGCUCCAGCAAGUUUUGUUUCUUUGGUUUCAAAACACGACAGAAGACUCGCAGAAAGACUCAAACUGUCCAAGAAAAUGACUGCUAGUCAAGUGACUUCUCAUUUACUUGGCGAACAGCGAGAAGAAAACAUGGAAGCUCUUCUUGACUUGGCUUCUGAAUCUGGUGGAGAAAGUGAUCAAAAACCCACAGAGGAACAUGGGCCCACAGACGAUGCACAGGGUAACCAUCCAACAGAUCAGCCACUAUUCUUUUUCGACUCGGCUGGUGGGAAAGAAGAUGAACAAGAGAUAGAGAGGGUGGAGUUCGAAGAGCAUGAAGUAGAAGACGCCAUACUACACAGACAACUGAAAACACUCAUAGGACAACUUGAAGAGCAAUCUGACUUGGAGGAUGAAGAGAUUACCGAAGACUUGUUCGUUAUUGACAAGAUACCCUCUGAAAAAUCCAACCAAAACGAUUUAAAAGAAGCGGACGGCGACAAUGACCCAACCCAAUCCGAGUCUACGAAAGACCAAAGGGCUCUAAAUUCUGUGCCAAGUCCUUUGAAGAGGAAACGAGCGGCUGAGGUUAUUGAUAAAGAAGGAGAAACCGAAGUAUGUCAUGAUGAGGAGGAACAAAACUCUAGCGAGAUUGAAUCAAAAAAGAAAAGCAAAGAAAGCAAAACUUUUGCAGUUAAGGCAAAGAGAAGGUCCAUGAUAGAGUCUACUCCAGUUAGGAUGGCUACGAGAAGUUCUUCAAGAAGGGCUGCGAAGUCUUACUCAGCCAAGAAAUAGAAUUCAUUUUUGUUCAGGCAUGUUAUAAACGAUUCGAGUUUUUUUAAAUAAAAUAUUUCUUCAAAAUGAAGAAUGUGCAUUUCUAA